CUCCCACGCCCCAACAGAGCGUUCACUGUGGGAUAGUGGCAGUAUACAGUAUAUCUUCCAUCGGAGAGCGAUAAGAAGCGCCAGGCUCGAGGGGAUGAAGAUGGCGGACGCCAAGCAGAAGAGGAACGAGCAGCUGAAGCGCUGGAUAGGCUCGGAGACGGACAUCGAGCCGUCUGUGCUGAAGAAGAAGAAGACGAAGGUGAAGUUCGACGAUGGCGCCGUGUUUUUGGCCGCCUGCUCGAGCGGCGACACGGAGGAGGUGCUGCGAAUGCUCGACCGCGGCGCGGACAUCAACUACCCCAAUGUGGACGGGCUCACCGCCCUGCACCAGGCCUGCAUAGAUGACAAUGUGGACAUGGUGACCUUCCUGGUGGAGCACGGGGCCUGCAUCAACCAGCCUGACAAUGAGGGCUGGAUUCCCCUUCAUGCCGCCGCCUCCUGCGGAUACCUCGACAUAGCUGAGUAUCUUAUCAGUCAAGGUGCAAAUGUCAGUGUAGUGAACAGUGAGGGAGAAACACCAUUGGAUAUCGCAGAGGAGGAGGCCAUGGAGGAGCUUCUGCAAAACGAGAUCAACCGGCAAGGCAUUGAUAUCGAGGCGGCCAGGAAAGAGGAGGAACGGAUCAUGCUACGGGAUGCGCGACAGUGGCUUAACAGCGGCCAGAUCAACGAUGUCCGGCACGCCAAGUCUGGGGGUACUGCACUUCACGUCGCUGCAGCCAAAGGAUACACUGAGGUUUUAAAGCUUUUAAUCCAAGCAGGGUAUGAUGUAAAUAUUAAAGAUUAUGAUGGCUGGAGUCCGUUCCAUGCUGCUGCACACUGGGGCAAAGAAGAUGCUUGCCGAAUACUUGUAGAGAGUCUGUGUGAUAUGGACAUCGUCAAUAAAGUGGGUCAGACGGCGUUUGAUGUAGCUGAUGAAGAUAUCUUGGGUUAUUUAGAAGAGCUUCAAAAGAAACAGAAUCUGCUUCUAAGUGAAAAGAAGGAUGUUAAGAAGUCUCCUUUGAUAGAAACUACUACCACUGGAGACAAUAAUCAAUCUGUGAAACCACUGAAGAGUAAAGAAACUCUUCUGCUGGAGCCAAAGACUGCCCCACGAAUCGAGACUCUGGAGCCAGAGAAGGUGGAUGAGGAAGAGGGCGAGGGCGAUGGAAAGAAAGAUGAGUCCAGUUGCUCUAGUGAGGAAGAGGAGGAGGAGGACUCAGAGUCAGAAAACGAAGCAGACAAAACCAAGUCUUCUGUUCCGACAAGCAAUUCCAACAGCACACCCAUGCCUGCUAGUAUCACCGUCUUGUCUCCGACUACCCCAACCAACCAGGUGACCACCCCCACCUCACCUACCAAAAAGGUGAGCACAUCUGCUGGUAAGGUGUCUCCUAAAGAGGAGGAGAGGAAGGAUGAAUCUCCUGCAUCAUGGCGACUGGGCCUUCGGAAAACUGGGAGUUACGGAGCACUGGCGGAAAUCAGCACAACUAAAGAGAUGCAGAAAGAGAAGGACACCGCUGGCGUGAUGCGCUCAGCGUCUUCUCCUCGCCUCUCAUCCUCACUGGACAACAAGGACAAAGAAAAGGAGAAGGAGAAGACACGCUUGGCGUACGUUGCACCCACCAUCCCGAGGAGACAUGUUAGCACAUCAGACAUCGACGAGAAAGAGAACAGGGAUUCGGCUGCUAGUCUGGUACGUAGCGGCUCCUACACCAGGAGGCGCUGGGAAGAAGAUCUGAAGAACAGCGACGGAACAAGCUCGCUAAACAGAACCUCCAGCUAUCAGCGCAGUACGUCUCACACGCUAGCGUUAGGCCGCACGUCUAGCUCUCGCGACCUGCCUGCCAAAUCGCCCUCUGCCUCCAGCCUGGAGCCUAACAACUCUAAAGCCUGGCAGCAGCCUUCCUCCUACCAGCCAUACAGCAUUCACCACAGCGGCUCAUAUGGAAGGAGGCAUGAUGACACUUUAAGUUCCACAUCCUCCACCACCUCCAUAACCGCAACAACGACCUCCACCUCAUCCGUUACCUCGCCCACAGGACACCGCAGCCUGCUGUCCAGGUAUUGGGCGGAGGAGAGUGCAGACAAGGAGAAAGAGAAAGAAAAGGAGUCGGCCACAGUCAUCCCUACAAUCAACACUGCAGCCACCACCACUACCACCUCCACUACUGGAAUUAUACUGGGCUCUGAUGGACGAGAAAGACGCAGAUCGUACCUCACCCCAGUGCGUGACGAAGAGUCCGAGUCUCAGAGGAAAGCCAGAUCCAGACAGGCACGGCAGUCCAGGAGGUCCACACAGGGCGUGACCUUGACUGAUCUUCAGGAGGCGGAGAAGACCAUCGGUCGCGCUCGUCCUACGCGGCCUCGAGAAGACGAGAAAGAAGAGAAGGAGAAACAGGACAAAGAAAAACAGGAGGAGAAGAAAGAGACAGAGACCAAGGAGGACGACUACAGGUCACGCUACCGUAGCUUUGAGGAGAAGUACCGUAGCACUUCCUCAACCUCCACCACCACGGCCUCCUCCACCCUGCCCUCCUCCUCCAUUAGCUCCUCCACUCUCUACAGCACCUCCUCUCUGAACCGCCCCAACAGCCUGACGGGCCUCACCUCCAACUACAUCCGCUCCGCACGUGAUACUGAGAGAGAGUCAGAUAGAAAAGAAAAGGAUGAGGACAAAGACGGAGAGGACAAGUCUCAGCCUCGCUCCAUACGAGACCGCAGACGACCACGAGAGAAAAGACGUUCCACUGGAGUAUCAUUCUGGAACCAGGAUAGUGACGAGAACGAUCCGGAGCAGCUGUCCGAUUCAGAAGAUGGCAGCACUAAAGGAGAGCCACAGAGUGACAGGCUAUCCAGGUAUGACCCAGUGUCUACUAGCACUUCUGACCGCGACGUGUCGUACAGUUUAAGUGGUAUUGGGAAGAGCCGUCGGCCGUACUCACGCCUCAACAGAGACGACACCACUGAUUAUAAAAAGCUUUACGAGCAGAUCUUAGCUGAAAACGAAAAGCUGAAAUCCCAGUUACGUGAUACAGAAUUGGAGCUGUCUGACCUGAAGCUGCAGCUGGAGAAGGCCACACAGAGGCAGGAGCGCUUUGCUGACCGAUCGCAGCUGGAGAUGGAGAAAAGGGAAAGAAGAGCUCUAGAAAGGAAGAUCUCUGAGAUGGAGGAGGAACUGAAGACGCUACCAGACUUGAAAGCAGACAACCAGAGACUAAAGGACGAAAACGGAGCGCUGAUCCGAGUUAUUAGCAAGCUUUCCAAAUAGAAAAGGCCCUCCCACAUUCUGCGGCAGUAAUGGUAUUGCACAUCUAGAUAUUAAGACAACAGCGACAAGAAGGCUCCGUCACCACUUCUGUUCCUCAGUCUCUCGCUUUCCCAUGCUUCUCUGCUCCAUCGAUUCCUGCGACUGCGUCCCACACAGAACCACUGAGUUUACAGAACUAAGGAAAAGCGCUAGACGAGGGAAUGGCAUUGAACCUUUGCGGGCGGGGAAAGCCUCAAAAAAACUAUUUAACCAAUAAGCCUUAGUUGUACAUACGUCACUUGCAUCAAUUUCUCUUGGCUGUCACGGAACACCUGAUUUUAUUUGUGCCACACUUUUUUUUUUAGUUGUUGCUCUGCUCUCAAAUCUCUCUUCAUGUAUAGAUGUGUUAUGCAAUGUGCAGCUCUCACCCUCUAUUUCCUUCUUCCUGUCCAACUUCUCCGUUGUGCUUGAAGUCCAGCCUCCCAGUCAGAGGCACUGUCUCUCAGCAGAAGACUUCCCAGCAUUCAAUGUUGGCGCACACGGCUCGUUUACCCUCCUCCCGUGCACGCGCACACACUCUACACACUUUCAUCUCGCUCGGCAUCUCGAUCCGAGCGAGUCGAAGGACCACUGGCUUUAUCAAACAGGUGGACCUUGUGGAAUCGAAGCUUUCACUUGUAUGUGCAAUAUACGCAUUUAUUUCUUCAAAAAAUGCUUUAAGAAUGAGUCCAUCACUAGUAAAUGUUCACUUCCUGACCACUUCCAUGGCUCACCCCGAUUUCCUUCCUCUUCCCCUCCUCCUUUUCUCUCGUUUCUUUAAGUUUGUAGUGUAGUCGUUGGUUUAUAUCUUGUACUCCUCACGUUGUUUUAGCAGGUACUGAGUGAAGUUGUAUAUACCUGUAUGUAUUGUUUGAGACGGCACAUGGCAUGCAUUUAUGGUUCCCUGUCUGUUACUAUUGAAAUAUACCAACUUCAGAGGACAACAAAGUGUGUUUUAACUAUUUUCUUCUUUUAUAGUCUAAAAAGUCAUUGAAUAACAAGAGAUCCACCCUCUUGGAAGGGAAGACGCUGCAUGUGUUCAGUGCAUUCUUUUCAGUUUUAAAAGUGUUCACGGUAAUUGUGAGAUGAUGAUAGUAAUAUAACUGCUUCACUACAUUUCACUCAUUUUAUUCAGUAUCUUUGGAAGAGUGCUGUUCCCCAAUUUUUUUUUUUUUUUUUUUUUUUUAAAGCUGUAGUAUUAGCCAAGGUGUUGUCACUAAAAAGAAAAGCCUAGGUAUCGCUAACCCAGUCCUUUUUACAAUGUCUACAUGCACUGUCGAUGCCAUGUCAGGAGUCUUGCUGUCCGGUUUAGCGAACUUUUUUGCCACCACGUAAGAUGAAGUCCAUGCAUCGGAAACAUGUUUUAUGCAUUUCAGUGGCCUUUUACUUUAAAUACUGUAGUCGGGGGAAAAAAUGAUGUCGCUGUAGUUGGACUGUCAGCUGUCUCCUCUUUGGUUUAGGUUUUUAAUGUUUUUGUUUUCUUUUAUUAAAUUUCCCAUCAUCUUGUAAAAUAGAUGUGUGGCUUCAUCCGUGCAAGCUGUGCUGUGACUACCAACCACUGAGAGUUAAUUAAAAUAAACUUGUACAUUGUAAAAAUC